CUAAAGGAAUUUCUGGCAGGUACUGGUCCCUCCUUGCAUGUGACCACCAUCUCCCGUAUUCUGCACAUGUCUGGGCGAUGGGGUAGGGUGGCAACACGGAAACCCUUUCUUACAAAAAGAAAUAUCAAAGCCUGUUUGAGUCACCCCCGAACCAUGUGGGAAGAUGUGUUGUGGUCUGACGGGACAAAGGUUGAACUAUGUUAAGAUAUGUUUCAAUACAGCUCAUCAUCCAAGGAACACCAAACGCCUGUGAAGCGUGGUGGUGGGAGCAUCAUGCUCUGGGCUGCUUGAAUGAAUAGCUCCAAAUAUCAAGAUAUUCUGGCACAAAACCUGCUGUCAGAAAGAUGAAGAUGAAGAGGAAGAGGAAUAUCUCGUCCCAACAUGACAAUGACCCAAAGCACACAUCCAAGUGGACCAAGGCGUGGCUUCAGAAAAGGAAAAUCAAAGUCUUGGAAUGUCCCAGUCAGAGCCCGGACCUCCAUCCCAUCGAAAACAUGUGCAAUGACCUAAAGAGAGCUGUACACAGGAGAUCCCCUCGCUAUGUGAAGGAACUUCUACUUUUCUGCAAAGAAGAUCAAAUUCCAAAGUGUCGAUGUGCAAAGUGAAUAGAGACUUCUUCACAAAGACUUGCUGCUGUAAUAAAUGCACAAAGUGCUUCACAAAGUGUUCGUUGGGUGAGGUGUGCCUCCCUUCCUCCCUCCUAAACUCAGCUGCCACAAAGUUUGCUGACCUGCUGGGGUCAGUGCGUAGGGGCUCAGGGCCCACAUCUGACGGGGAAGGGAGAUCCAGCACUCCACCUCCCGCUGCCCUCUCUGCCCCCUCCCCUCCACACACCCCUGUUGUCCCCAUGCAGAGACGCAAACAAGAAAUAAUCAAGAUCACCGAGCAGCUGAUAGAGGCAAUCAACAAUGGAGACUUUGAAGCAUACGCGAAGAUCUGCGACCCUGGACUGACUUCAUUUGAACCGGAGGCGCUGGGCAACCUGGUAGAGGGCAUGGAUUUCCACAGAUUUUACUUUGAGAACCUUUUGGCUAAGAACAGCAAGCCCAUCCACACCACCAUCCUGAACCCUCACGUCCACAUGAUCGGCGAGGACGCAGCCUGCAUCGCUUACAUCCGCCUGACUCAGUUUGUUGACAACCAGGGUCGGCCGCGGUCCAGCCAGUCGGAGGAAACUCGCGUCUGGCAUCGCAGAGACAGCAAGUGGCAGAACAUCCACUUCCACUGCUCAGGAGCACCUGCUGCGCCACUCCAGUGAGGGAUGAAUGCCAUAGCUCUGUCCGUCAGGAGUGCUCUGCUGGAGAGAGAGAGAGAGAGAGAGAGGAAGAGGAGGAAGGGAUGAAAGAACAAGUCCAGUGUCGGUUUGGGGACAGGCCCCUCAACAACAACAACCCCCCCCCCCACCCCCCCCCUCACUGGACCCCCGACCUCAACCCCCAGCAUGCAUCUCUUCUUUUACUACUACUGCCCCCUUUGUUUGUCACCUGUCCUACAACACAAUCUGACAACUAUCAAACAAACAGCUCGACGUCCUUCACCCCCUGCGGCUGCGUCUCCUUCCCUCCGACACUCUGGGUGGGG